CACGUGUUUGCAAGCAAAGAAGUAAUUCUGUGCGCGGGUGCUAUCGGAUCGCCGCAAUUGUUGAUGCUAUCCGGUAUUGGACCAGCAAAACACCUAACUGAAUUGAACAUUAACGUCAUUCACAACGCACCAGUUGGCGAAAACCUUAUGGACCAUGCAGCCUUCUUUGGCAUGACGUGGACAAUAAACAGACCGAUAGAUAUAAAAGAUUAUAUAAUAAUGAAUCCCAUUAAUUCAUACGUGACAGAAUAUUUAAUAAAUCGAACCGGACCUUUUACGAUUCCGGGAGCGGUUGAGGCUCUCGGUUUUGUCAACACAAAAAAUCCAGAAAAACGUAACGAUUUACCAGAUAUCGAAUUACUUUUUCUUAGUGUAACAUUGAAAGAUAUAUUUUCACCGAGGCUAUUCAAUUUGAAGGACUCAGUAUAUCAGGAAUGGGUCAAGUACGGUAACGUUAAUGGCUGGACUGUUGUGCCAAUAUUGUUGAAACCAAAAAGUCGUGGUAGAUUAACGUUGUUAGCUAACGACGUUAAUAUUAAACCAGAAAUCGUACCGAACUAUUAUGAUGAUCCAGACGACGUCAGGACAAUGAUAGCCGGCAUUAGAACUGCGUUAAGAGUUGGUCGAACAAAGGCAAUGCGUGCGUUCGAUUCUCAAUUAUUAAAUAUUACUUACAUAGAAUGCAAAAAUUACGAGUAUGAUUCCGAUGCUUAUUGGGAAUGCAUGAUAAGGCUAUUAUCUUCCACACUCUAUCACGCUUCCGGCACUUGUAAAAUGGGAUCUCGUGAAGACCCGACUGCUGUCGUGGAUCCCAAAUUAAAGGUGAUCGGUGUUCAGGGAUUACGAGUAGUAGAUGCAUCUAUCAUGCCCGAAAUUAUAUCAGCGCAUACAAAUAUACCUGUUUAUAUGAUUGCCGAGAAAGCCGCUGAUAUGAUAAAAAAAGAAUGGAAUUUCUUGGAAAAAUCAUAAUAAUAAUAAUAAUAAACUUUUAUGAGAGAAGUAAUACAUCAUAUUAUUAUAUUUUAACUAGCACUUUGUCAUGACGACAAUUCUAAGUGCAUAUGUGGCAUUUGCUGAAUGUUUUUUAAAAGCAAUUAUAUUUAAAUAGAAAAUAAAGUAUUAAUUAAUUUAUAUUUUAUAUGUGAAAUGUA